UAAUAGUUGGCCAUUUACUGUCAACGACGUUGUUCGUUUUACAUUCGUCCUCUGCACGCGCCUUGCUCGCGAUAGCCGGAGUUUUAGCCACUUAUUACUUCUUCUUCAAGAACCCAAACGAGUUCAAGAAUCAUGGAAUACCAUACGUGCGACCUUUGCCAUUGGUGAGCAACAUGGGACAACUAAUCUCUGGCCAGAAAACAGCACCCGAAUUUUUCAAAUUGAUAUACGGUUUUCAGUAUCUUCAACAAUGCCAUAUAUCAAUCAAAGAUGUUAUGGCUGGCAGGGUUACUCAAGCCAAAAGUCAUCAGCGAGAAGAUCGCAAAUUUUCUCAGGGACGCUGUGGAGACCAUCAUCAGAAUUAAGAUCCAGAAGGGCAUAAUUCGAUCGGACAUGUUGCAACUGAUGAUGGAAAGCAAAGACAAGAAAGGCGAUAACAAGGAACUAACAGUCGAGGAUAUGGCUGCCCUAACUUUCACUUUCUUCUCCGCUGGGUACGAAACAAGUUCGACGUUAAUGUGUUUCGCCUCGCACUGGAUCGGACGAAAUGAGAAGGUGCAGAACAGAUUGCAGGACGAGAUUGAUCGGGUGCUGGAAGAUAGCCAACCGUCGUAUGAAGCGAUCGACAACAUGGAAUAUCUGGAUGCUGUACUAAACAAAGCUCUCAGGAUGUAUCCUUCCACUAUGGUGAUUGAGGGAAGGUGCGUGAAAGAUUUCGAAUUACCGCCGACGUUAUCUGGUGCAAAGCCCUACGUCGUGAAAAAAGAAGAUAAUAUGGAUACCGAUUUAUGCACUCCAGCAUGACAUCAAGUAUUUCAAGGAACCGGAGAAAUUCAAUUUCGACCGAUUCGUUGGCGAGAAGAAAUAUAUUGGCAAAAUGGGGGUUUUUUUGUCGUUUAUUUUAGGCCGCUCAGGAUGUGUAUUGGUUAUCGAUUUGCCCUGAUGGAAAUGAAAUUAUUAUUGUUUCACCUACUAGCACGGUGUGAUCUCCUGCCAUGUGAGAAAAGUCAAAUUCCCCUGAAGUUUACCAAGUACGAGAUGAAUAUAAUGCCUGUGGCUGGAUUUUGGCUAGAAAUGGAGCCACAGAAGAACUUGCAUCACGCCGUUCAUCAUUAAUAUCGCAAACGGCAUGUGAGAUCGGUAAGAAUUUUCGUUGGGUCGGGAACCUUAAGAAUUCAUAUGUGAAUAGUACGGGAAACAAUAUUUAUGAAU